GGUCUGCAGCUGAGAUCCCAUUUAUACAGGCUGAUGCGGACACAUUGAUCGUACUGAGCGGCGGACAGAGAAGCGCCCAGACUGAGGAGGAUCCUCACAAGUUGCCCGACAAGGACUUCACGUGGAACUGCACCCAGGACACUUUUAAUUCUAAAACAAACAUCAUGUUUCGGUUCACUUACGAAGCGUUGCCUCUGACUUUCUGAGCAGCAAAGAAAGUUUGGUCAGCAAUUCCAUUGCACUAUUUGCAGGGGUCAUUUUGGUGGAUUGUAGGAGGUAGAGAUCUAAGGAUUGAUUCCAGGUUGAACUGUAAGAAGUAACACGUUAUAAGCACACACUCACAUAAAGUGAAUUGAAGCCCAAAGACCCAAAAUGGCCGAAAGUAAAGCCACUAGUGUGCUGAGCUGGGAUCAAGUGAGCAGUUUGAAUGAUGUCCUCACUGAGGUGGUCCUCAUUCAUGGCCGUGGAAAUUUUCCAACAUUAGAGGUCAGACUCAAAGAUGUGGUUAAGACUGUAAGGACCAGGCUGUUUGAAAGUGGAAUUCUAGUACGAGACGUCCGGCUUAAUGGGUCAGCAGCCAGCCAUGUCCUAGUAAAGAAUAAUGGCUUGAACUACAAAGAUUUGGACUUAAUUUUUGGGGUUUAUCUCCCAGGGGAAACUGAAUUCCAGUUGGUAAAAGAUGUGGUGCUGGGCUGUCUGUUGGAGUUCCUUCCGGAAGGAGUCAACAAAGAAAAAAUCACACCCCUUACACUCAAAGAGGUCUAUGUGCAAAAAAUGGUGAAAGUCUGCACAGAUACAGAUCGUUGGAGCUUGAUCUCCCUUUCCAACAAUAAUGGCAAGAACGUAGAGUUGAAAUUUGUGGACUCCCUCCGCCGACAGUUUGAGUUUAGUGUUGAUUCCUUCCAGAUCAUCUUGGAUUCUCUCUUAUUUUAUUAUGAUUACUCUGAGAACCCAAUGAGUGAGCACUUCCAUCCAACAGUAAUUGGGGAAAGUGUAUACGGGGACUUUGAGGAAGCAUUAGGUCACCUCAGGAAUACACUGAUUGCAACCAAGACUCCAGAAGAAAUCAGAGGAGGAGGACUGCUUAAAUACUGCAAUCUUCUGGUUAGAGAAUUCAAACCAGCCAGUGAAGAAGUAAUUAAAUCCUUAGAGCGGUACAUGUGCUCUCGUUUCUUUAUUGAUUUCCCAGACAUCACUGAACAACAGAGAAAGCUGGAAGUCUACCUGCAGAACCAUUUCAUCGGGGAGGAGAAAAGCAAAUACGAUUACCUGAUGAUCCUGAGGAAUGUUGUAAAUGAGAGCACUGUUUGUUUGAUGGGACAUGAAAGGCGCCAAACUCUCAACCUCAUCAGCCUCCUAGCUCUCAAGGUGCUGGCAGAGCAAAACGUCAUCCCUAAUGUCACCAAUGUCACUUGUUAUUACCAGCCUGCUCCAUAUGUCAGUGAUGCAAACUUUAGCAACUACUAUGUAGCGCACACUGCCACCUCAUACCAACAAUCGUAUCCUACCUGGCUUCCCUGCAACUAAUAAGUAAUGCUAUGUUCACAGUUGACUUGUGUGCAGAUUGAUGCAGCUCAGCUCACCAUUGUGGCUUCUUUCAUUCACAUUAGCUGAGAAGGGAGCAAACCCCAUGGCUGUUGUAAAUGUUGCACGUAUUAAACUGCAAUGAAAAUACAAGGAUAAUAUGCACACAUUAAUUUUUGCUAUAGGAAAAUCCAAAAAAGUCACUAAUGAUGGACGGUACAUAAAUUUUAUGAUUACCAACAAUGCUAUCAAAAGUCCUGAUAGUACACUGUGUCAUAGUGUUCUGGAAAUGUAACUUUGAUUUUUCUGUAAAGGGUUAUCUAUCUUCACACUGUACUAGGAACAAUUGUUAAUUUUUGAGCAAACAUACAAAAGAAUUCACAAUAAAUCUGUUUAAAGAAGUAAGUAAAUAGAUAAUUUUGCAAAUAGAAGUAUAGGGGUUGCACAGUGACUCUUUUUAAAAUGAGACACAAUUAGAAACAUGUAGAUUAUAGUUCACACUUCAAAUUGUAAGUUGCUCCUGUAGUGGCUCAGUAGGGGGAAGGCAGUGGGUGUGAAGAAAGAAUUGGUGUGCUUGUGUAUAAAGCUGCAAAGGUCCACUACACAUCUGCAAAACAAGUUUGCAGACAAGCAGGCCAUUAGUUUAUCAAGAAAUGAAAAUGUGUAAUCUGGAAAUUUCUACCUCGUGAGUAAAUGACAGUUAAUUGAUUUUUGAAGGGAAGUCUACAUUUGCAAAAAAAAUUUUAGAAAAUGCAGAACUGGUUAGUUCCUGGUUUUGUACAAGAGCUACAGCUCAGGAAAAUGAGCUGAGAGUGAUCUUACAAGAUCAGUUGCACACUAUCCUGAGUUAGUUGCUGUUACAGUAAAGUCUUCUGUUGAGUGAGCUGCAAUGUUGAAUUAUUUUGAUGCAGAAAAUGUGCUAUAUUUUUGCUUCUGCAUCAUAAUGGUGUAUAGAUAAUCUUUCAUGGCUGCAGCAUCAGCCUUUUAAUCUAAACCACAUUCCCAGGCAAUGGAAGUUUGUGCUGAAAGUAUUGUACUCUCUUAAAACACAGCUUUACUGGGUUGGAGGAAAGUCUAAAUCUAACAAGUGUCAAUUUUUAAACUGUGUCCUUUACCACUCCAGUAAGUACACUGGAGUUAGGAGAGUGUAAUUUGAAUUUGCUGAAUUCUAAGCUGGCCAAUAUGUGGCAGGCUGGCUGUCAAAUGUGUAGUUCGUGGUGUGAAAGAAAUGCAAAUUUUGGUAAGUUCCAGGUGCAGAAACUUGUUUGUACAGUAAUGUUAAGCUUUGCCUGAAUUGAGUAUCUUGUGUUCUGAGCUAAAAUAUAGACUUCCAAUAUUAAAGCACAGUGAGGUGAUGUGUGAAUUGAAAUUUUUAUUCACAUUUUGCUCUGAACCAGAUUGCGUCAUCCUUCAAUGAGUGCAGUUUGUGAAUAGAUAGAACUCUGCAACUGGAACAGUGUGAACAUUUCCUGAAACACCUCACAGGCCUAGAAAUGUUUGAGCUGAUUUAUAAAAUAUUGUAAGAGAGAGCAGGCAGGAACAGCUUAAAUUGAAUUUAUCUGGGGAAUGUCAAUAAUGAAGUACAUCAAAUAACUUGUUUCCAUUUAGUAUUUAAAUUAAUGAUAACACUGGGAAAGAGUAACUCCUGUCACUUAAAUAAACAAAAACACAGUGUACUAUUGGUGAGGCCUUUUUUGUUGUUGAGAUUUCAUUAUGCAAAGUGUUAAAUGCAGUCUAUCUAGGAUGAGUACUGGUCCAGCACACAUUCCAGUUCAGUGUGAACAUAGUAUUGCUGCAUUUAAGUGCAGGGGACAUUUGAAAAUUGCAACUUAAAUAAAUUGUAAACUGAAUUUCACAACACCAGCUUUGAAUUAUAUAGAAUUGAAAGUAGCAGGGUAUAACUUUGCUAGUGUAAAGGCUUUAUUUUUGACACACCUCCUUUUGAACACUUGUGUAUGUUUUUGUUAAAGAAUACUGGUAAGAGGGUGUGAGGAAUAGAACUUGCGUAUCUUUUUGAAAGCCGGUUACUGUGAUUUAAAACAAAUUUGGUGUUGAACAAAUCUUGCUGCACAGUCAGUCAUGGUCAGAUUCAGAUGAAUUCAGUGAAUCCUGAUCAGAAUUGUGCAUGAAAGUCAGUCUUGCUCAGUGUGUCUUGAAACUAUCUUAUCAAGCAAAAUGGAGAAAUAAGUUUUCAAGUUGUACCUUAGACCUUUUUAUUGCACAAAGAAGUCUGUAGUGUUGAUUUCUAUCGCAGUGCAACUUCUUCUACAGGCAUUGGCAAACUUAAUAUAUUGCACAACUUGGUGAGAUUUUCUAGUCUGGAUGAUAUUGAACUGUUCAACUAUUGCAUAGGGUUUCACAGUUGCACUUGGUUCUGUUCUCAAAUAGACACCUAAAUAUGCAUUUUCUGGCAGAGUCACAAGGUAGUGACAUGAAAUGGGAGUGUUGAAUUUCCCAAACAGUGGGGAGGUAAAAGGUGCUAAAGUACAGACAGUCAUUAAGUCUGGGAUAUUCUUGAUGUGUAUGAUUUGUUGCCUUAUCACAUGGUAAAUUUACCCACCCAACCAGCAGGAAAGUCUAAAGGAUAUUUUUGUAUUUCCUUUUUUUUUGAGCAUCUAGUCUUGAGUGCUUGCUACUACAUAUUAAUGAUGCAAAAUGUAGUGAAAUCAGAUACUCAAUGCUUAGUUCAGGAUUGUGUAAAUAGUGAGUGUAUGAGGCAUUGGAAUUCUCUUGCUGGUAUAUGUUUUUGUUUUGGUUUUUUGUACCCUGAUUUCAGUUAUUUUCUUGUAACUAGGGACAGGCAUCAAAAAGAAGAAAACAACUAAUGUUAUUCAAUUUUUUUUGUUUUGGGUUGAAAUGAUAAGGUAUAGAGAUGAUUGGGACUGAGACUUCUACUCCUGUGAGAAAUGAAAAUUGUAUUUUUAUUUUCAGAUUAACUUAGCUAUUACUGGCAAUAUUUGUAUUUAAAAAUGUUUCCAGAUUGUGCUGCUGUACACGCUUUGUAUGAAUAUGUAGACCUUUGGUCCCUAUUUGACAAUAAAGACUAACCAAUAAAAG